UGUCUUCGCUGGCUCUCCAUCUCUCUGCGCGGCAACUUGACAAACUCAGGCUACUCAGCAAUGGCGACGACUGAGAAGAAGGCGGAGGAGGAGGAGAAGGAAGGGAGCAACCUACUGGGCUCGCCGACCUUCAAGGAGCUCGAAAAUGGCCGCUUCCAGUGCGUCGAGACAGGCCACGAAUUGGUGGCCAAAGACAAGGAAGUGUACUCUCAUAGCAAACGGUGCCGUUUGGGCCUAAUCGAAUAUGCCCUUUCCCAUAAGAAAGCUCCUCUCAACAUGUUCAAGCAGGAUCCUCUUUCCCGUUCAAAGUUGGUGUGUAAGCUUACAGGGGAUACUAUCAAUAAGUCAGAGGAGCACAUUUGGAAGCAUGUAAAUGGGAAACGCUUCCUCAACAGGCUGGAAGAGAAGGAAGAAGAGAAGCUAAAAGCCAAGGGAGUGGUAGCAGAGGUGGAUGAUCAGAACCCGGAAAUAGUAUCUGACCAAGAAGAAGACGGAGACAGAAAGAAGAAGAAAAAGAAGAAUAAGAAGAAGGAUGAUGGAGUUGAUGAGAUUAUGUCUGGAAAAAGUAAGGCUUCUGAUGAGGAAGGCGAUACAGAAGAAACUGACUUUUGGAUGCCUCCAGUGGGAGAACGUUGGGACUUUGACGAUGGAGGUGACAGGUGGGGUUCUGGUUCAGAGUCAGAGAAGAAGGAUGGCGAGGAUGGCGAGAUUGAUGGAGCUGGUAUAUCUUUAGUCGUGAACAACAAAAUUUCAGAUGGUGCAUUUGAAGAUGGCGACGAGGAGUCAGAAGAGCUCUCCAAGCGGACGAAAAGAAUGUCCAUAGAAAUUGGACCGAGCAGCUUUGCUUCAAGGAAGAAGAAGAGUAAAAAGAGCACGACAUGAUCACCAAGCGACUAAUCUGCAAUUUACGAAAUUAAAGACUUGAAGAAAGAACUGUGAUAAAGAUUAACUGCUCCUAGCAAUUUUUGAAGUAUUUGGUAAGGGGUGAUUUCGGUUCCGGUUCGAAGCUCUUUUGAAGGUUGUAUUUUCUGCUCUAGUGAUGUUAUUAGGCCAAAACAUUUUGUUAAGUGUAAAUUAAUCAAGAUUUUGCCCAUGACUAUUGAAUUGAUCGAUGUUUUACCAA